AUGGGCUCAGUGACGGCAAGUAAUGGGUAUUUGAGCCUCACACCAGAGUCACAACAAGACAAUUUAAGUAGUUCAUCAUCUUCUUCUUCACCAUUGUAUAAGGUUGCAAGGGUUUUGUAUCACCUCCCGGUGCUCGCCUGGCCGGCAUUUAUCUCCACCACCUUCACCGUUAGGAUUUCUGCCCUUCCAAAUACAACUGGAGCUGGAGACGGAAUGGCUUUUAUUUUUGCACAGGACACUAGUCCUUCUCCUCCUGAUAGCUAUGGCUCAUUGCUUGGACUCCUUGAUAGAUCAACUCAAGGUGGGGUGGUUAAACAAAUGGCAAUUGAGCUAGAUACUUUCAUGAACAACGGGUUUGAUGAUCCAGAUGGGAAUCACAUAGCGAUUGACACAAGAAGCAUAAUGAACCCAGUUGUGGCAAAGAGUCUCUACAUCUCAGGAAUUGAUCUCAAGAGUGGAAGAGACAUCAGAUUCACAAUUGCCUAUGAUGGUCGGGGUCAGAUCCUCCAAAUUUCUGCUGGGUACACUGAGAACCCAGCAGCACUGAUAAGCAUCCUCAACCAGUCAAUUGACAUGUCCAAAAUUGUCCCAAGCUCACAAUUUAUGUUGGCUUCACCGCCUCGACUGGGACCCUGCCAGAGACCCAUCAAGUCCAUGAUUGGGUUUUCACAUCAGUUGAAUUGCAAGGAAUACCCUUAG